CUUAUUUUCUUUGUUCUUUUUAUUAUCAAUGGACUCUCCUUAUUUUAGAACAGAAAGUCCAACUCCUUUAGGCAGUCUUUCUCAGCUGUCAAAUACAAGACCUUUGUACCCAACACGUUGUGUUCAUACGAUCUCACAAGAAGACAGAAAUUCUGUCUUGUCUUUAACAGCCAGCAAAAAAUAUUUGUUUAGUGGAAGUCAAAGUUCAAAAAUUCAUGUAUGGGAUUUACAGACAUUUACGCUCGUCACUGUCUUGAAAGGACAUCGUGGCAGUGUACUAGGCUUAACACUAUCAGAAGAUGAACAAUAUCUAUUCAGUUGUUCAGGCGAUGGCACUGUUCGAGUUUGGAAUACAGAAACUUUGCAAUGUGCUUAUUUAAUUCAAUCCUGUCAUGAUGUAGGCGAUAUUUUUUCUGUUGUCUAUUCAGAUGUAAACCAUGUACUUUACUUUGGUAGCCAGAAUACCAGUAUUCAGUGGUAUGAUUUUACAGACCCUCAAACCCAUGGAUCUAAUACAGAUAUUCCUUCAAUACCAGCUUCUCGAAGAAUCGGUUGCAAUGCCAUCAACUUUUUUGAAAACGACGAGAAUAACAAUGAAGAAAUGGAACGACUACAACAAGAGCUUGAUAAAGAUGUGAUUAAAUGUGUUAUUCGAGAAAAAAAUGUCUUGGGUAAUGCACAUAAUGGUUAUGUGUAUUGCUUGUUGUAUGCCAAAGAUAUACCCAAUGUAGAUAAGCCCGUCUUAAUUAGUGGAUCAGGAGAUGGUGAUGUCAAGAUUUGGCGUAUUCAAGAAGACGGCAUCAAACUACUUAAUACACUUGAAGGCAACCCUGACAAAGGUAUUCUUUGCCUUGCACUUUCAGAAGACGGUUAUUUGUUUUGUGGUGUUCAAGGUGGUGAUGUUCAAAUUUGGGAUUUGGAAACACACCAAAUGAUUCGAUCUGUCAUGGCUCAUACAGACGAUGUCUUGGCUGUUACUAUUCGUGGUUCUGGAUUUGUCAGUGCUUCAGCAGACGGCUCUAUCAAAUUUUGGAGUGAAGGGUUCCAAUUCCGAGAAAGUUUAGGUGAUCACCAAGGCAUUGUCUUAUCACUCACAAGUUCAGGCAACAAUUUAAUCUCAGGCAGUAAUGAUCAUAGUAUCAAGUUUUGGGAUAUGCCUACCUAUUCUCCUUAUGCGGAACCAUUCAGAAGACCUAGCAGUCAACAUAUUGAGCAUGCAACAGCAUUUACCAAUGAUACCAUGCUGUAUGUGUUAGAGAAAUGGGUGGCUAUGCGUACUGUGAGUGGUAGUCAUGAAUACAUGGAAGAAUGUAGACGAGGAGCACGCUUCCUUAAGAAUAUCUUGCAACAAUUAGGUGCACACAGUCGAAUGAUUCCAGGUGUAUGUGGUCGUAAUCCUUUAGUCUAUGGUAAAUUCACUGGCAAAAAGCGAUCUUCGACUAAGAAAGAGAUUCCAACUGUGUUGAUCUAUGGUCAUUAUGAUGUGAUUGCUGCAGAAAAUGAAAAUGACUUAUGGGGCAGUGACCCUUUUACUUUGACAGGUAAAAAUGGCUAUCUGUAUGGCCGUGGUACAAGUGACAAUAAGGGCCCUAUCAUUGCCUCUUUAUUUGCUGUGAGUGAACUCUUAAAAGAAGGCCUUUUGGAUGUCAAUGUUAUCUUUCUGAUUGAAGGAGAAGAAGAAAGUGGCAGUGCUGGAUUCUAUGAAGCAGUUGAAAACAAUGCAGAACUCUUUAAAGACGUCGAUAUGAUCUUGUUGAGUAAUUCUUAUUGGCUCGGUGAAGAUGUACCUUGUAUCACUUAUGGUCUUCGUGGUGUCAUUCAUGCCAAAAUCAACAUCAGCAAUAAUCGUGCUGAUUUACAUUCAGGUGUAGAAGGCGGUGCUGUAUCAGAGCCUUUGAUAGAUUUGAUUCAUGUGGUAGGCAAAUUAGUCGGCCAUGACAAGAAAGUGUUAAUACCUGGAUUUUAUAACAACGUAAGCCCAAUGACAGAAAUAGAAGAGAAGCUAUAUGAUCCUAUUGUGGAAUGGAUGCGCACUUCAGAAACUGCUCAGUCAAGUACACGCACCCACCAUUCUACGAUUGCUUCACCAAAUUUGGGCAAUCAGGCAGAAUGUGAAGAGACGCAAUGUAAAUUUGCUGCAGAACAGUUUGAUGCGAAUAAAAUGAAGCAGCAACUCAUGGCUCGUUGGCGUUAUCCUACUUUAACUGUACACAAGAUUGAUGUCUCUAUCAAUAACCCCACCAUUAUCCCUCGUAGUGCACAAGCCUGUGUUAGUAUGCGUGUGGUUCCUGAUCAGUCCAUUACAGAUAUCUGUGCUCAAUUUGAACAGUAUGUGACGAAUGUGUUUCAUCAAGAUUUGGCCUCGGACAAUACUAUUCAAGUUACGAUUGAAAGUGCUGCAGAGUAUUGGAUAGGUGACCUGGAAAGCAAAUACUUCAAGGCAGUAGAGAAAGCCAUUGAACAUGAAUGGAAAAUCAAGCCAUUGUAUAUUCGUGAAGGUGGGUCCAUUCCUGCCGUACGCUGGUUAGAAAAGUUCUGUCAUGCUCCUGCUGUUCAUGUUCCUUUUGGUCAAUCUUCAGAUCAAGCUCAUUUACACAAUGAGCGUAUUCGUUUAUUGAAUCUUCAUGCAGGCAGACGUAUUAUCAAGCAUUUACUUUCAACAUUACCUGACUUGUAAAAACCAAUUUCUUUUUAUUAUUAAAUUAC